AUGAAGAUCGGUCUCUGUGCCUACAGCGGUUACAAGAUUUACCCUGGCCAUGGAAAAACUAUGGUUAAGGUGGAUGGCAAGAGCUUUACAUUCUUAAAUUCAAAAUGUGAGGCCGCGCAUUUGAUGAGGAGGAAUCCUCGUAAAGUGACAUGGACUGUGCUCUACAGGCGUAAGUUUAAGAAGGGCCAGGAAGAGGAACAGGCUAAGAAACGCACACGCAGAACCCAAAAGUUCCAGCGUGCUAUUGUUGGAGCCACUCUCAGUGACAUUAUGGCCAAGAGGAACAUGAAGCCAGAAGUCAGGAAGGCUCAAAGAGACCAGGCUAUUAAAGCUGCAAAGGAGCAGAAGAAGUCGACAAAGGCUGCAAAGAAAUCUACUGCACCCCCAACAAAAGCAAAGGCACCUCCCAAAGCUAAGGCUGCCAAAGUCAGUCAGAAGGCAGCACCUCGUGUUGGAGGCAAACGAUAA